AUGCGUCCGGCGCUACACCGAACCAGCACGCUUUUUUCAAGGCAACUACUGCACACCGAUACCUUCAUCCCAACCUUUCUCUGUCCAGCGCUGCUCCAGCAGCCUGCAAGAACAGCUACACGCACCCGCCGGCCGCCCCGUCCGGCAAGACCUCUAUCCACCUCUGCCGCCGCAACAGCCAUCACCGCUGUCUCUGCAGCUCUACCGCCGGACCAUGUUGCUGUGAAGCCCAAAGGCGCGACCAGUGCGCUACCUUUGUCGUGCCCCGGCUGCGGUGCGCCAACACAGACGAUCGAGCCAAACGAAGCGGGAUAUUACUCCACCAACAGAUCGAACGUCAAAGCAUAUCUCAAUGGAGGCUCAAGACGCGCCUUGGAGGACAAGAUCUUCCGAUCGGCCGUCCAAAACACGGACAACGAUCUCCUAGGAGAACUUGGUAUAAAGGAGGCAGCAGCCGGCACGCCCGCCAAAGGCUCUGAACCACCUCCCCCAGUAUGCGAUCGCUGCCACAAGCUGGUCCACCACCACUCUGGUGUAUCCAUCCACCACCCUUCUCUCGAUACCAUCGAAGCCAUGAUAUCCCAGUCGCCGCACAAAUACAACCAUAUAUACCACGUCAUCGAUGCAGCGGAUUUCCCCAUGUCCCUGAUACCCAACCUGAACCACAAACUCUCACUCGCGCCCUUGCGCACCCAGAAUCGCCGAUCAAAGAGCGUCAAGUACCACAAAGGCCGACUCGCUGAAGUAAGCUUUAUCGUUACGCGGUCAGAUCUCCUUGCACCGACCAAAGAGCAGGUUGAUCGUUUGAUGCCAUACCUUACAUCGGUGCUACGAGACGCGCUUGGACGAUCCGGACACAACGUACGAUUGGGCAACGUGAGAUGCGUUAGCUCGAAGCGCGGCUGGUGGACGAAGGAGGUGAAGGAAGACAUAUACGGUCGCGGAGGUGGUAACUGGCUGGUGGGGAAGGCCAAUGUUGGAAAGAGCAAACUUUUUGAAGUGGUAUAUCCAAAAGGCCGAAAUCAGACUGUCGAUUUCAACGCUUUGCGCAGCAACGCAGGCCUCGAGGCCAGCAGGGAAGCUGUCGGAAGUAGCAAGGAAGCAACGGAUACCGCGACGCAGGAUGCACAGGUCACCGGUAACAAUCCCAACACCGUCGACUACUUCGACGAUGAUCCGCAGAAUGCGGACUCCUUGCUUCCUCCGCCACAAAUGGAGACGGCAUAUCCGGCGAUGCCGAUUGUAUCAGCUCUCCCCGGUACAACAGCAUCACCUAUACGGGUACCCUUUGGCAACAACAAAGGUGAGUUGAUAGAUCUACCGGGCUUGCUCCGGGGCAAGCUGGAUACCUACGUUCGUCCAGAGCGCAAGCUCGACCUCAUCAUGCAGAAUCGCAUUGUCCCAGAAAGAAUUGUCGUCAAACCCGGUCAAUCGCUACUGCUCGGGGGCCUCAUCCGCAUAACGGCGACGACACCGGAUCUCGUUCUUCUGGCCUAUCCAUUCGUUCCGCUUCCAGUCCAUGUGACUUCGACCGAGAAAGCAGUGGCCAUUCAAAAGGGCGAGCGAGCUACAGGUAUUGAUCUUAUCGUAGAGCCUGGAGCGGGCGAGAAAACCAAAUCAGCAGGGAAAACGCAGCUUAGAUGGGACACGACUAAGAUUCAAGGCGGCCCAUUAACUGCGAAAUCAGGCGUCGGCCUGAAACCUGAGCGCUUGCCGUUUACCAUCUACUCGGCCGACAUACUUGUCGAAGGCUGCGGCUGGGUCGAGCUCGUUGCCCAGAUUCGUAAGUCGAAACAGCCGAGUAAGGAUGAAUCAAAUGUGGGGGAAGGAGAACUACAAUCACCUUCUGAAGAGCGCAGUCCGCCUUCCCAUGAAUUAACUCCAACUUUUCCGGAGGUUGAGGUUUUCAGCCCCGAAGGUCGCGGUAUCGCUGUCAGAAGGCCUAUGAACGCAUCACAGCUUAACAGCAAGAAGCCGGCGCCUUCCGACGCCAAGAGAAGUAGGCCAAGGCGGAGUAUGAGAUCUGUCAAGGCGCAGCGGACCUCACAAGCAUGA